AUGGCAGGCUUGGAGGAUCGCCAUGAAGUGACUCAGGAUGGUCUUGGAUCAUGGGGUUCGCCUCAAGGGACUACGAAGUUUUACAACUUUUGUCCGACUACCCGAAAGUUGACCACUGCCACACCAGAUGCCUACACUUAUAAGGUUCAGUGCAAUAGAUAUAUUCAUCCAGGAACUGAUGACCGCGGACACUUCAUCAGGAAAAUCUACUGCGGGAUAUCUAGUACAGGAGAAGCAUGUUCGUAUGCAGUAAUUACGUACUCCUGGGAAGGUACGCCGCAUCCCAUCACGGUUACUGUCCCAUCUUCACUACCAACAAAGCAGCACCCUUAUGGAGCUAGAAGUUGGGAGGCUGCUGAUAUUGAUUUGAGUGUGGAUGAGGGUAUUAUGCACAGGGGACAACCGCUACUGUCCCGUGUUGCUGUGGACUUCACCUUGGCUUGUAAAAUCUUGCUUGGCGGCGUGGAAAUUGAGCAUCAUAGGUAAGU